AUGUCCCUUAUAUCAUUCUCUCUCCUCCUAUUCACCAGCAGUGCCGCAGCCGCUCAAAUAUGCGGCGGCGUCGGCUCCUACAACAGCUCCACCACCUUCUUCUAUAUGAGCAACUUCUUCUCCAAAGCGGCGUCCACCUUCGGUCUCUGCGCCGACUUCUGCAAGAGCAGCUAUCCGAGCUGCAAGAGCUUCCGGUAUAGCUACUGGUCAGAUGCGGAUGCGCAGUAUUGCGAGUUUUUUGGCGAUUGGCUGGAGAACUUCUUCAUCGCCGACGCCACGCAGCCAUACUACUACUACGACAUCGACUGCGCGUUACCUUCGUUCGCCAUCACCUACGACCACGCAGCUCCAAAUACAGGCCACGACUGCAUCGACCACGGCGACCUCGAUCUCUACAGUGUGGAGCAGGACUACGACAAGGACCGUGUAUGCGUAUAUCACGACGACGCGGGUUUCGGUUUCUACGUCGAGGGUUGCGACGACGACGACGCGGACGGUUACUAA